AUGGCUUUUCGACAAUAUUUGCGCGACUUUAAACCAGAUUUAGUAGUAAUCCUUGAACCCCGGUUAAGUGGGGGUAGAGCUGAUGCUUUCAUCUCCGCCACUGGUUUUGAUCGCUCUCACCGCAUUGAAGCUGAUUUUGUUUAUGAUUUCGGUAUCCGUGACAUUGGAUUCCAAGGUAUUGAAUUCACGUGGAAUUGGGGUCUCUCUUACGCUCGUCUUGACAGAGCUUUAUGUAAUAGCAAAUGGGACGAAUUGUAUCCUGAAACAUCCAUACAUCAUCUUCAUCGCAUGCGGUCUGAUCACAGACCAAUUCUCAUAUGUGUUGGAAGCUCUACAACUAACCUUCGCCAGUCUCAAUUCAGAUAUUUCUCUGGCUGGUUACAACAUGAUGAUUUCAACCGAAUGGUGAAGGAUAACUGGGUAAACUCUGAGUCUCUUUCAGACACUAUUUCCUUUUUUACUAAUGCAACUGAUACAUGGAAUAAAACGGUGUUCGGUUAUAUUGGCACAAAAAAGAAGAUAGUUAUGGCAAGACUUCGAGGAAUACACAAAAGCCUCAAUAGACGUCAUUCGAAUUUCCAUAUCAAUCUUGAAACCGAACUCCUCACCAAGUUAGAGCAGCUCCUAGACCAAGAGGAAAUUCUAUGGAAACAACGCUCAAGAAUAAAUUGGGCUACCCAAGGUUACUUCCCGGCUAUUCCGUCUCAUUUAAAGGAUUCCAUGUCCAUUGAACCCGAUGAUAAGGAAAUCUAUGAAGCUCUUAAGGAUAUGGCUCCCCUAAAAGCACCGGGGCGUAAUGGCCUCCAUGCAGAAUUUUUCCAACAACAGUGGCACGUGGUGGGUCAAUCUGUCUGCAGCAUGGUGAAAAACAUUUUUGCAGGAGGUGACAUUGAAGCGAACCUAAACAAAAAUGUGCUUGUUCUAAUCCCAAAAAAAGAAGGACCUGAAACUUUUGCAGACUUACGUCCUAUCAGCUUAUGCAUAGUUAUGUACAAACUCAUCACAAAAAUUAUUGUUCGUCGCAUAAAACAAGUGAUGCCUAUUCUGAUCAUGCUGAAUCAAACAAGCUUCGUCGCUGGCCGCUCUAUCACCGAAAACAUCAUUAUAAAUCAGGAGGUAAUCCAUUUCAUGCGCCAACUCAAGACAAAGCAAGGUUGGAUGGCAAUUAAGGUGGAUCUUGAAAAAGCUUUCGAUUGCCUCCAAUGGGAGUUCAUUCAAGACUCGCUCACUGAAGCUGGCUUCCCACCAUGCACUAUUCGACUCAUAAUGCAUUGUAUCACUUCGACCUCUAUGCAAAUCCAAUGGAAUGGUGAGAAAUCUUCUGCGUUCCAACCAGAACGGGGUAUCCGACAAGGUGACCCACUUUCCCCAUACCUCUUUAUUCUUGCAAUGGAACGUCUUGGCCAUAGCAUACGUAAAUGUGUUGAAGAAGGUGAUUGGAAGGGUUAUUCCUUUUCCCGGCAGGGUCUCUCCAUCAAUCAUUUAUUCUUUGCUGAUGAUCUUAUGUUAUAUGCAAAGGCUGACCUUCACCAUGAGGAAAUCAUUGAGAAAACCCUCAAGGAAUUUGGGUAUUUCUCGGGUCACAAAGUUAGUAAACGGAAGACGCAUAUAUACUUCUUGCCUAAUACCACCACAUCUACGAAAUCUUCUAUUCUAUCAUGUCUUUGUUUCCAAGAAGUUGAAUCUAUGGGGAAGUAUCUUGGAGUUCCGGUCCUCCACAGACGUAUGAAAAUUACUGAUUUUGAUUUCAUCUUUGACAAGUUCAGAAGUAAACUAAAUGGAUGGGCUGCUCGAUCCCUAUCGCUUGCAGGGCGUAUUACUCUGACAAAAUCAGUCCUUUCAGCCAUUCCGAAUUAUUUUAUGCAAGUCAUGCCAUUCCCUAAACGAGUCUACAAAAAUAUAAAAUCCAGGAAGCUCACCCUAUAUCAAUUGAAAAGCACAACUGCUCCCCAUUAUGGAGAGGAAUAUCGAAAGUAUGGAGACAAUUACUCUCAUGUUUGGUGGUCAGUGGGUAAUGGGAACUCUAUAACUUUCUGGAAUGAUAAUUGGGUGCCGAGCUUGGGGCAUUUACGAGACUAUGCCCGAGAUGAUAUACAUGCUGAUUUAACCCAGAAAAUUCAUAACUUCGUUGAUGUUCAUGGCCAUUGGGACGUUGCAGCUCUAUCUCAAGUUUUUAUUCCAGAUGUCAUACCUCACGUCAUCAAUGUCCGACCCCCAGAUAGAAACGAUAAACCCGAUGCACUGAUCUGGAGAUGGACUCCUGAACUUAACUUUACAAUUAAGUCAGCUUAUACUUUUCUCAUGGAAGAUAACUGGAAUGAAAAAAGCUCUAUUUGGAAGGGCGUCACUUAUAAAACUGACUCGAUUAUUCAUAGUAGUUAUAGCUGGGCCAAAUGCUAUGAAACCAAUAUCAGAAAUCCUACUGCACGCCCGAGACAACAGGGGGCUACUUCAACAUGGUCUUUGCCACCCCGAGGAUGGACGUGUUUAAACACUGAUAGUGCAGUUGCGACACUUGAUGGGCGAGGUUCGAUUGGUAGUGUGUUUCGCAACUCCAUUGGUGACUGGAUUACAGGUUUUACAAAGAAUAUAGGGACAACAUCGGCCCUCUACGCAGAACUCUGGAGCAUCUAUGAAGGUUUACUCAUUGCAAGGAGCCUUGGGGUUCUCAGAUUAUUGACACAAUCAGACUGUAAUAGAGCAGUCAAGCUGGUCGAAGAUAGUGUGCGCAAUCCUGAAGCAACGAAGGUCUGGAUGCUGGAUAACAAAGGUCCAAUGGAUAAGCCGGAAUGA